GCUCCGGGGGGAAGAUGGCGGCGUCCUCGCUGGAGCAGAAGCUGUCCCGCCUGGAGGCCAAGCUGAAGCAGGAGAACCGGGAGGCCCGGCGGAAGAUCGACCUGAACCUGGAGAUCAGCCCGGCCCGGGCCCGGCCCAUUAUUGUGAUCACUCUAAGCCCUGCUCCCGCUCCGUCCCAACGAGCAGCCCUGCAGCUCCCCCUGGCGAACGAUGGCAGCAGCCGCUCCUCUUCCUCGGAGAACUCUCCCCAGCAUCAAACGCACCAGCCGCGUCCCCGCCACAUGCUGGGCCUGCCCCAGCCAUCCUUCCCCAUCCCCAGGAGCAUGGAGAGUAUAGAGAUAGAUCAGAAGCUGCAGGAAAUCAUGAAGCAAACGGGUUACCUGACCAUAGGAGGGCAGCGGUACCAAGCAGAGAUCAAUGACCUGGAGAACCUAGGCGAGAUCGGCAGCGGGACGUGCGGUCAAGUGUGGAAGAUGCGGUUCAAGAAAACGGGACACAUCAUAGCCGUGAAGCAAAUGCGCCGCUCAGGUAACAAGGAGGAGAACAAGAGGAUCCUGAUGGACCUGGAUGUGGUGCUGAAAAGCCACGACUGCCCCUACAUUGUCCAGUGCUUCGGGACCUUCAUCACCAAUACAGACGUCUUCAUUGCCAUGGAGCUGAUGGGCACAUGUGCGGAGAAACUCAAGAAACGCAUUCAGGGGCCCAUCCCAGAGAGGAUCCUGGGGAAGAUGACAGUGGCGAUUGUCAAGGCGCUCUACUACCUGAAGGAGAAGCAUGGCGUCAUCCACCGAGACGUCAAACCCUCCAACAUUCUGCUAGACGAGAGGGGGCAGAUCAAGCUGUGUGACUUCGGGAUCAGCGGGAGGCUGGUGGACUCGAAGGCCAAGACCCGGAGUGCAGGCUGCGCGGCAUACAUGGCGCCUGAAAGGAUAGACCCUCCUGAUCCCACCAAACCAGACUACGAUAUCCGAGCGGAUGUGUGGAGCCUGGGCAUCUCGCUGGUCGAACUGGCUACCGGUCAGUUUCCCUACAAGAACUGUAAAACGGACUUUGAGGUGCUCACCAAGGUCUUGCAGGAAGAUCCUCCCCUGCUCCCAAACAACAUGAGCUUCUCCGUGGACUUUCAGUCCUUCGUUAAAGACUGCCUUACUAAAGAUCACAGGAAGAGACCAAAGUACAACAAGCUACUUGAACACAACUUCAUCAAGCGUUACGAGACACUGGAAGUGGACGUGGCGUCUUGGUUCAAAGACGUCAUGGCCAAGACAGAGUCGCCCCGCACGAGCAGCAUCCUCAGCCAGCACCACCUGCCUUUCUUCACCAGGUAGCCACACGGCCAAAAUGAUGAGCCAGGGAGGGGGCCAUGCCAGCGAGAGCUUACGGCCGGUCACCGCCACAGGGUGGGGACAGGGAGGAGACCCAUGGCAGCCGACCCCCCCCACACCUUUGCAAAGCAACUCUUCUGAGGCUUGGUUGAACCGUUCAUUUCACCCGCCCUCCUCGCUCUCUCCUCCAGUGUUGUCAGGGGAAGUGGGAGGUUGUUUGUUUUCUCUGGAGUGUGGGUUUAUUGCUUCCCUUCCGCUAGAGUCCUUGUGUCUCGGGCACCAGCGAGCCGAAGAAGACAAGUCCCUCUCUAUCUCUGUCCCAUGUCCCCUGGAUGGGAAG